AACUAACCCAUUUCCAACUCAAAACAAUCACACACUCACUCCUCUUUUCACUGUAAACUGCUUCCGUCCAAAUUCAUCCUCGCGCACUCUCAUUUCUUCUCCACAAUCUGCAGAUAGAUCAGUUUCAAUGGCUUCACCUGCAUGGUUGCCGCAGGAGACACAGCCAUCUGUGUCUGGAGAAACGCCUCUUCCUUUGGCCUCUUCCACUCCUUCAGCUCCUGCUGCUGCGGCGCCGUUCUCUUACGCUGUGCAUCAAAAUGUCAAUACUUCUGGGAAUUCUCAGCAGUCAUCAACACAUCCUGUGAUGAAGUCCAAUUCGGCAGCGAAUCCCAUGGUGGUUCAACAUUCAGUUCCUGGUCUCUCUUCACAUGUUGCUCCUCCUUCAUUUUCAUAUAAUAUUAACCAAAGUGGUGCCAGUUUUCCCGGCAACCAGCAGCAUGCACAAUCUAGCACUAACAUUUCAGAUUCCGUUGCACAGGAUGUUAGUAAAUUGUCAUCUGCGUCAAGUAUCCCACAUUCUACCCCUGCUCAUACUUCCUCAUCCAUAAUGCCUCGACCCUCUGACUCUAAUUAUCGCCCAGCUACAUCGUGGAUGCCAACAGCUCCAUCUUUUCCUGUGCAUCCUGUAGUGCCUACUCCUGGGAACCCCGGCCCUCCUGGAUUAGCAUCAACUGUGACAAUAUCCUCAAAUUCUGCUGCUCUGCCCACAGGCACAGAUUCUUCCUCAGCUGCAGUAUUGAGACCAAGUAUGCCAAGUGCAGCCAUUGCACCAGAUCCUAGUGCUCCUCAGAAAGGCUUACCGUAUCCAUCAAUGCCUGCCAUGGCUGCUUCCCCUCAGGGGCUUUGGUUACAGCCCCCACAGAUGAGUGGUGUACUUAGGCCACCAUUUCUUCAAUAUCCUGCCCCAUUUCCUGGUCCCUUUCCAUUUCCAGCUCGCGGUGUUACUCUCCCCGCUGUUCCAAUACCUGAUUCUCAACCUCCUGGUGUUACACCUGUGGGUGCUGGUGGUGGCAUGUCUGUGCCUUCUGCAGCUGCUGGUCAUCAGUUGAGGGGAACAACUGCUUUGCCAACAGAAGUAAUUUCAGGGCCUACUGAUGAUCGGAACAAAUUAAAUGCCGUUGUCACACAUAAUGAGAAUGUUGCUAAUAACGAUCACUUAGAUGCCUGGACAGCCCAUAAGACUGAUGCAGGAAUUGUAUACUAUUAUAAUGCUGUGACAGGAGAAUCAACUUAUGAUAAACCUGUUGGCUUUAAAGGGGAGCCUCACCAAGUUUCUGUUCAGCCAACUCCAGUUUCAAUGGUGGAUUUGCCUGGUACUGAUUGGCUGUUGGUCUCUACUAGUGAUGGAAAAAAAUAUUACUACAACAAUCGAACCAAGACUAGCUGCUGGCAAAUCCCAAAUGAGGUGGUUGAAUUGAAAAAGAAGCAGGAUGGUGAUGUUAUAAAAGAUCAUUUAAUGUCAGUUCCAAAUACUAAUGUAUUGUCUGAUAGAGGGUCUGGAAUGGUUACUCUGAAUGCUCCUGCUAUUAAUACUGGUGGUCGUGAUGCUGCAGCUCUUAAACCCUCUAAUCUACAGAGCUCAUCAUCGGCACUGGAUUUGAUCAAGAAGAAAUUGCAGGACUCAGGAACACCUGUUGCUUCCUCUUCUAUUCCUGUGCCAUCAGUACAAACAGGAUCUGAAUCAAAUGGUUCAAAAGCAGCUGAAUCUACAGCUAAAGGCCUUCAAGUUGAUAAUAACAAAGAUAAACUGAAAGAUGCUAAUGGUGAUGCUAAUGUCUCAGAUACAUCCUCAGAUUCUGAAGAUGAAGAUAGUGGACCUUCAAAGGAGGAGCGCAUCAUUCAAUUUAAGGAUAUGCUUAAGGAGCGAGGAGUUGCACCAUUCUCCAAAUGGGAGAAAGAACUGCCAAAGAUUGUAUUUGAUCCACGUUUCAAGGCCAUCCCAAGUUAUUCUGCUAGAAGAUCCUUGUUUGAGCAUUAUGUUAAAACCCGUGCAGAAGAAGAACGCAAAGAAAAACGUGCUGCACAAAAAGCUGCAGUUGAAGGAUUUAAGCAGUUACUGGAUGAAGCCUCAGAGGAUAUUGGCCACAAUACUGAUUAUCAAACUCUGCGAAAGAAAUGGGGAAAUGAUCCACGGUUUGAGGCAUUGGACCGCAAGGAACGAGAACACCUAUUGAAUGAAAGAGUGCUUCCUUUGAAGAAAGCUGCUGAAGAAAAGGCUCAAGCAAUGCGUGCAGUUGCUGCUGCCAGUUUUAAGUCAAUGCUUAAAGACCGAGGAGAUAUAUCUUUUAACUCUCGUUGGUCCAGGGUUAAAGAAAAUUUAAGGGAUGAUCCAAGAUAUAAAUCUGUGAGGCAUGAGGAUAGGGAAACUUUAUUCAAUGAGUAUAUAUCUGAAUUGAAGGCUGCUGAACAUGCUGCAGAACGAGAGACCAAAGCUAAAAGGGAGGAGCAGGAGAAGCUAAGGGAAAGAGAACGGGAGCUGCGCAAAAGAAAGGAAAGAGAAGAACAAGAAAUGGAAAGGGUGCGAAUAAAAAUUCGAAGAAAGGAGGCAGUUACUUCUUUUCAAGCUUUACUUGUGGAGACAAUCAAAGAUUCUCUGGCAUCAUGGACAGAAUCUAAGCCUAGAUUGGAGAAGGAUCCUCAAGGGCGUGCUACUAAUCCCGAUCUUGAUCCAUCUGACACGGAAAAGCUCUUUAGGGAACAUGUAAAGAUGCUUCAGGAACGUUGUGCACACGAGUUUAGAACUCUCUUAGCUGAAGUCUUCACCUCCGAUGCUGCAUCUCAAGAAACUGACGACGGAAAAACAGUUCUUAAUUCUUGGUCUACAGCUAAACGUCUUUUGAAAUCUGAUCCAAGAUAUAACAAGGUUCCAAGAAAAGAAAGAGAAGGAUUGUGGCGGCGGUAUGCAGAGGAUAUGCUGCGGCGGCAAAAAGCAUCUCAUGAUUCUAGGGAAGAGAAACAUACAGAUGCUAAGGGUAGAAGUUUAGAAUCUUCCAAACUUCCCAUGGAAUCUGGAAGAUCGCAUGAGAGAAGAUGAUGCUUUUAGUAAUUCUGUUUUAUUAUCUCCUCUCGUUUGCCAGAAUUUAGGUUUCUUUACUUUGAAGCCUGACACUAGAACAGAAUUAUAUUACAUUAAAGUUCUAAAUGCUGUUUAGUAUAUCGCUCUAAUUCUGCAUACCGCAUUUGUAUACUAUUAACACAAAUUUAUUGCGUAAGUAUCAUUUGUCUAAUUGAGGGCAGUGCCCGAAUCCUUUUUCCCAAUCGUUCUGUUCGGUCCU